AGUUUAAAAAUUUCGUAGAAUAAUUUAUUCUGAAUUUUUCGAUUAUCGAAAACGAUCAAGUAUGGCAGAAGGAGGAACUCCAGUGGUGGCAACAAAACCACCAGUCGAUAAUGCAAAGAUGUUGGGCGAGCUGAAGCUGAGACUGAUGCACACGAAGAAGGGACUCCUCGCUAUUCGAGGAGAGCUACAGAGAAGAGCUGAAAUAUGGGGAGCUGCUCAAGAGGAGAUCACUGCACUGGAGAAAAUGGCGAGCGAUGCAAAGGAGAGGAUCCAGAAGCAGUCGGACCAAAAGAGAGAGGAGAGAAAGUUGGCGGCUCAAAAACGAAAGGAAUUGAAACAGAAGCAAAAGGAAGAGAAAAAAGAAGAGUCAAAGGAUGAGAAGGAUGGAGCUGAUGAUGAAAAGAACGAUGAGAAUUAGCGAAACUCUUGCAAAUUGAAAUUUCGGAAUAAACGUUUUGUAAAA